ACACAAUGGCCGAGCUUAUGCCUAGGGUAGACGAAGUGGUGGCGGCAGCGGAGGCGGUUUACGUUAAUGAGUUCGGCGCGAAGCCGGAUGUAAGGGUUUAUGCGCCCGGCAGAGUAAAUCUUAUUGGGGAGCACACCGACUACAAUGAGGGCUUCGUUAUGCCGAUGGCACUGCCCUUAGUCACAGUCAUCGUGGGCUCAGCAAUAGAAGGAGAGGAAACUACCCUCGUAACGACCAACAUCGAUGCAGAUAAACCACUAAGAACCACCUUCGAAGUACCCAAUAAAAACUCUUUGGUCAGAACUAUAACUCCUGGCCCACCGAAAUGGUCGAACUAUGUGAAAGGUGUAAUUGCAAAUUAUCUGGGAAAUCUUCCGCCCGCCUUCAACGCGGUGAUUCACACGAGCGUGCCGACAGGGGGUGGUCUGUCCAGCAGUGCUGCCCUAGAAGUUGCAACUUAUACAUUUUUGGACGCAAUCACCGAACCAAACACGAUCAUGCCGACUGAUAAAGCUCUGGCGUGUCAGAAGGCUGAACACGAAUACGCCGGUAUGCCAUGCGGCAUCAUGGAUCAAUUCAUUUCUGUUCUUGGAAAAAAAGACAAUGCGUUGCUUAUUGAUUGCCGACACUUGACUUCUACUUUAAUUCCAAUCACAGAUCCGAACUAUGUUUUCCUGAUCACAAACUCGAAUGUAAAACACGAACUGACUGGUAGUGAAUAUUCGACCAGAAGAAGACAAUGUCAAGAAGCUGCACAAUUAAUUAAAAAAAUUAGCCUUAGAGAUGCAAAUUUAGAUGACAUCAACUAUUUAAUAUCCAUUAACACGGAUAAUGAUAUUGUAAAAAGAGCGAGACACGUUGUGACAGAAAUCCAAAGGACCGUUGAUGGAGCUGAGGCAUUGAAGGAAAAAAAUUAUGUGAAAUUCGGACAAUUGAUGGUGGAAAGUCACAAUUCUCUAAAGAAUGACUAUAAUGUGUCCUGCCCUGAAAUCGACCAACUCGUAGAGUUGGCAUUACAAGUUGAUGGUGUUGUGGGCAGUAGAAUGACUGGAGGAGGUUUUGGAGGCUGUACAGUCACUCUGGUUCACAGUCGGUCGGUAGAUGAUGUUAUUGCAAACAUUAAGAAAGGUUAUAAAGGGAAGCCUGCCUUUUAUGUUUGUAGUCCAAGUGAUGGUGCUCGACAAUUUUGAUUGUUUCUAUUAAAGUAAAACAAAAGUUAAAUUCUA